CCGUUUUCCCUCGACACAACCGAAGCGCUCUUCCAUCGACACCUCCAACACCUCCAACACUCUCUUGAACAACCGCAAUCAUGGCCAACUACCUCGCCUCCAUCUUCGGUACCGAGCAGGACAAGGUCAAUUGCUCCUUCUACUACAAGAUUGGCGCCUGCCGUCACGGCGACCGCUGCUCCAGAAAACACGUCAAGCCGUCGUACUCGCAGACUAUCCUGCUGCCCAACCUCUACCAGAACCCGGCGUACGACCCCAAGAACAAGAUGAACCCGCAGCAGAUGCAGAUGCACUUUGAUGCAUUUUACGAGGACAUCUGGUGCGAGCUGUGCCAGUAUGGACUUGUUGAAGAGUUGGUUGUUUGCGACAACAACAAUGACCAUCUCAUCGGCAAUGUCUACGUCCGAUUCAAGUACGAAGAAGACGCGCAAAAAGCCUGCGACGCCCUCAACUCGCGCUGGUAUGCUGGUCGUCCCAUCUACUGCGAACUCUCGCCCGUGACCGAUUUCCGCGAAGCCUGUUGUCGUCUGAACAGUGGCGAAGGCUGCGUCCGCGGCGGCUUCUGCAACUUUAUUCAUCGCAAGGAACCAACGGCCGAGCUGGACAGAGAGCUGGACAUGUGCACGCGCAAGUGGUUGAAGGAGCGUGGCAGGGACGCGAGGAGUAUGUCAAGGAGUCCUACACCGCCUGCGACGAAGAACAGGUUCUAGGGUAGAUAUAGAGUGGGAAGCGUGAGACACGGGCUGAAUACGAAGGGCGUUUUGGUGUUAUACAUGCUCGCACAGUUUGGGACAUGUUGGUUGAUACCUCGAUAUCCGUAGCGGGCAUGGCGUUGCAAAUUGGCAUUUGUAAAUUAGCUUUGGUAAAAUAGUGAAGUGUGGAUAAUAGGCUAGACUAGGCUACGCAAAAGCGAUCAUGUCAGUUCAUUCUAGUUUAUUCGUGUGCUCAGACUAUCCCGUGAGUUGCGCAACAAUGAUGUGAUUUUGUCAAGGAAAGAAGCAGACAUUGCAUUGUGG